AUGCCAAUACCAAGUCAAGCUGCUUGGGUGGUGCAGAAAAUUUUGGGAGCUCGAGCUUACAUGGCUUCAUUACUCAAUGGUAUGGAUCUUCUGCAGCAAGAGACGUUCUCCAUCAGGAAAACCUAUGUGGCUAUGAGAAGAACACCAGAAAAGGUGAAGUGGUAUCCUAUGAUCUGUAAAAGCUUAGCUGCACCUAAAUGCAUCUUUAUAUUAUGGCUUACUAUACUGAAAAGAAUGGCAACACGUGAUAGAUUGAUAAGGUUUGGAAUACAGUGUGAGCAAGUAUGUUGUUUAUGCAAGCAUGAGAAUGAGUUCCUUAAUCACUUGUUCUUUACUUGUGAAUUCUUGGCUGAAGUGUGGAGGAAGUUAACUACUUGGUGUGGAGUUAGGCAGCAGGCUCUAGCUUGGGAUGCUGAGGUGGAGUAUUUGGAAAGUCAAGGAACAUCCAACACAGGGAAGCAACUCAUGUACAGAUUAGUGAUUGCAACUGCUGUUUAUCAUCUAUUGCGAGAGAGAAAUGAUAGAAGAUUUAAUAGUAAGGAAAGUGAUGUAGAUAGGAUAGUGAGACAAUGUCAAUUGAUGAUGGUGGUGAGAGGAAGUAAGAAUGCUAAAGUUUAA